CAAAUGGACGACAGGCAGCCAGUGGGGAUGAAAUCACAUGCACAAUAUUUGGAAUUUGACAUAAUUUUUUUCAAUCUUUUUUUACAGUAUUCUUGCUGGGUCAUGUCUCUGAGGGAGGUGUAAAGCAGGAGAGAGAAGAGGGAGGAGAGAGAAGAGGGAUUUCUUUUUUUUUUUGCUUCUUUCAGGAGUUGGGAGGUUGAAAAUGGGACCGGUCACCGGGUCGCUCGCUCUGCUGUGUUUGUGCUCGCUGGGCUGCUGUGUUCCCGUUGGAACGGCACAACCGACCCAGACGUCUCUUGCAGAUGGAAAAAAGUCACGAGGAGAUGUUCCAGACAUUCUUCCGGUGUCGGAACUUGAGCCCACCAACCUGGCAUCGGACUUUGAAACCUCCUACAACUACGUUCUGUCCAGACUGGCCGGGAUGGACCAGGCCAUCCACAGUCUCAAUGUGGGCCACUACACCCUGGAUGUUAGUGUCGCCCAGCUAAUGGAGCGCCUGUCCAGGAUGGACGCCAAGGUGGCGGAGCUGGAGGACAAAAUCCGGGAAGUCUACCACCACAGCAAAGACAACCGCAAAGAGAUCGGAAGAUUGGAAGGUUGCCAGAAAGGCCUGCGCGUGGGCUAUAAAUGCUACCUGGUGUACAACAACUAUGAGGACUACGCGGGCGCGUCCAGGAAGUGCCUGGAGCGUGGGGGUCGCAUGGGCAUGCCACGAGACCGCCGUGAGCAGGAGGCGCUGGCCGACUACGUCAAGUCCUUCUUCCGGCCGGGCAACUGGCCCGUGUGGCUUGGCGUCAACGACCUGGCGACCGAGGGUGUGUACAUCUUUGACGACGGCACGCCUGUCUCCUACUUCCAGUGGCGCAGGCACUUCCUGUCCAGCCAGCCGGACGGUGGCAAGCGUGAGAACUGCGUGGCCAUGGCAUCAGAUAACGGCGACUGGUGGGACCACUACUGCGACAGGGCCAUGAACUACAUGUGCGAGUUUGAUGACAGGGUGGAGCUUUAGAUGAACUCCUAGAUCUCCAUUUUAACCAAAAAACUGUAUACAAAUAGGCAAUCACCAAGGUCAGAACUCUGUGGGCCUUGGUUAAUAAACAUGAUGGCAAAAACAAUUAAACACACUUAAAAAUAAGUUUUCUCUUAAUGUUAGCUGGCUAGCUGUAGUUAAGUAGCUAACAUGACGUAGAUGGACUAGAACUAACUGAAGCUAACAAUGUGCAGCUGGCUAACUCUAGUGAAGCGGCUAACAAUACCAAGCUAGCUGAGGUCAACUAGCUAAUUGUAGUUAAGUGGCUAACAAUACCUAGCUGGCUAACUGUAGGUGAGUGGCUAACAAUAUCUAGCUGGCUUUCUGAGGUCAACCAACUGCGGUUAGGUAACUAACUGACAGUUGUAAAGGCACUAACAAUACUUAGUCCUGACAGAGGUCCACUGGCUAACUGCAGGUAGUUAAGUGGCUUACAAUACUUAGCUGGCUAAAGCGUUAGUUAAGUGGCAAAUACAUAGUUUGCUAACUAUAGUUAAGUGGCUAAGAAUACCUAGCUGGCUAAUUUUUCACAGCUGCCUCACCAAGAUGUACUGGCGAAACCAAAGCAAGCUGGCUAAUUUAAGGGAAAUUACCAAAUUUACCAUUUUAACCAACAGGCUAACUGUCAAUUAAUAUUUGGCUGGACAUCUCAAGACAACUAGCUAAAUAAAACCUACCUGGCUAACUACGGUUAAGCAACUUAUCAGAAGUGAUAGCAAUACCUAGCUAUCUUCCGAGUUAAGUGGUUAACAAUACCGAGCUGUCAAACCAAUAUGAACAUGUCAAAAUUUUAGUCAAGAAGUGCAAGAUGCUCCAACUCAAAACAAUCAUAUUAGCAACACAUUUGUUUGUAUGCAUACAUAGUUUUAUUGAGAGUAAACAGUUAACAUGAUUUUCAUUCUGCUAUUUUUAGCUUUUUACUUUACAAAGAUCAACCCGUCCUACAAACUAUUGCAUUUUAUGGCCACGCAGCGACGCCAAAUUCAACAAAGAGUGGUACUGUAUUGUUUGUGGAAAGCAGUUUUAAAAUGUAUUCAAUAUCCAGCUGGUUUAUGUACUGUUUUGCUGUUU